GUAGAGGUGGAAUGCAGCAGAAACGAGCAGAGGGUGGUCAGUGUUUGGGUUUUAGUUUCUAUGUUAGGCUGAUUACUAGGGUAAAAUCUGCACUGGGACGCCCUCCUGUUAAGGCGAGGAGAUUUCUAACCAUGGCGCUGCCGUCCUUGCACAAAGUUUUGACUUUUUCUCGAAACUAUUAAUUAACGGACUAUCAAUAGAGAGAUUUAACUGUCGACAAAUGUUCUAAAGCAAAAAAACAACUUGAUUUUGGCCAUGAAGAGCUCAGCUUUGUGGGUUAUAGUGGAAUGUGCCUGUAGAGUUCUUGGCAUCUCGACUGCUGCAGUGCUUUGUGCAGUGGGUGUAGAGACUCAGAGACAGGGGGAGUUCAACAGCUUGGCUGUCUAUCUCCUGCUCUCCUCGGUGGUGAUCAUGAUUUUAGAAGUGUCCUACUUCAUUGAUGUUCUGUUGGCAACGUGCCUUCCUUGCCCGCCCACAUGGAAGAUUUUCAUGCUUUGGAAGAAGAUGGCAAAUGUUGGGGGCUUUCAGAAGUUUCUGUACUACACAAUGAUGUCUUUGAUGUGUUUCCUGCAUCCAGUGCUUGUAUGGCAUGCUGUGAUUCCAGGAAUUAUGCUGGUAGUGACUGGAUUCUUUAACUUCAUACUGAGCAAAAAGAAGAAGACAGAUCCACCUAAAGAGUCCAGGUCAUCGUAUAGAAACACGGCUCUGUCUUCUGUCUCUGUCACAGACAGGGAGGACUCUGAACACACAUUCUCUUUCUUCCACGUCAUUUCAGGCAAAAGAGCAUCUUUUUUUCCUAGCAAUAGCCGACUCCAAGGUCCCGCAGAUACGGCAGUGAAGAACACUCCACGCAAGAACAGACAAACAGACACAAGAAAUGUGCACUUCGUUGAGAGUCUCAGAAAUAAUGACACUGAAUUGGAAGAAUACCAUGAAGUGGAACCAGAAGAGACCACGUCAGACAAAGCACCAAUGAUUAGACUGUAACUGUGAGAGAUCAUAGGGUUAUAAAUCAUUUUAGGCCUGAGGUGCUUUACAAAUACCUGUACUUAAAAUCUGACCAAUUAUUCAAAGAAUGAAAAUUACUUUUAUUAUUAAUAUUAUUGUUUGCUUUAUGUUUGCUUAUUCAUGUGAUGGCAAAGCAUGAUCCUUCAGAAAUCAUUAUAAUAUGUUGAGCAGUUGCUCAAGUAACAUUUAUCAUCAACAGUGUUGAAACAUUGAAAAUGUUGUUGUUGAAAAUUUGUGCAUUUUUUUCCCCACACGACUAACAGAUACAUUUUCAAAUAAUAUAGUAUCUAUUUGAAGCAAAUAGAAAUUUUAAAACAAUAUAAAUGGCUUUAAUGUCACUUUUGGUAAAUUGAAUGCAUCCUUGCUGAACAAUGAAACUGUAUAUACAAACUUGAUUUAAAAACAAUGUUAAUAUAAAACAUUCAGCAGCAGAUUAAAAGCAAAUACACUGUAAAAAUAUUAAGUAGCCUAAUCUAAAAAAUGUAAGUAUAAUGUAAUAGCACUGAAUCAACCCGUAUCAAUAUUUUACUUUUUUUUCUUCAAGAUUGAGCCCUUGAAACAACUACUAAAUACUGUCAGCCAAAGAGUUGUUUUUAUUCCAGUAUGUAACAUUAAGCCUGAAUCUCCUGCAUCCAGUCUCUAAACGUCAAUACAAUUAAGAGAUUUCAUUCAUCAUACUGACCCAGACGAGAGGCUUUUCAGCCUAAAGACUGGACAGCAACCCCCCAGGCAUUUCUCCUCUCCAUUAACCUGUAUGGAUGACUUCAGCAUCCUGAAUACUUGAGCAUGCCGCAUUCACGUGUGUUGUUCUUGGUGUACUUUACGGAAAAAUAUACAAUUACACGGUAAAUAAAUUCAUUGCACUUAUGUUGUUAUGAGUGCAACCAUGUUAAUCAAA